AUGUCGUUUGUAUUCCACAUUCUUCACACUGUUCCAUAUAGCAACAAGCCUAUCGUCAAGGAUGUAAUUGCAAGUUUACACAGUUAUUUCACUUGCAAUCUACUGAUUGCCUUUUCCGUUAUCAUCAGCUUUAAACAAUUCGGUGGCCGUCCGAUGGAGUGUAUGUUGCCAUUAGGAUUCAGUGGAGCAUGGGAACAGUAUGCAGAAAAUUUCUGUUGGGCGCAGGAUACGUAUUUUAUUCCACCGAAAGUCUUCGUCGAAGAUAUUCCCACAGAAGAACGCCGAGAGCGUCGAAUUAGUUAUUAUCAGUGGAUGCCAUUUUUUUUGCUGUUUCAAGCAGCAUGUUUCAAGGCACCUACACUUAUAUGGAAAUACUUUGCCGGACAGUCAGGGAUGAAAUUGGGUCAAAUCCUUCGAUUAGCUAGUGAUCCAGCAAAUUCAUCCUUGGAAGUUAAGAAGGGAAAUAUUGAAACGUUGUGCAUGCAUUUGCAAGGUGCUUUAAGAUUCCAUGAACGAGUGAAAAAGAAGAAAUUGGUGCCUCAUAAAAUUUGUCGAUUCUUGAAUAUAAAAUAUGCAAAUUAUUAUGUUACAACGGUAUAUAUCUUAGCGAAGUUAGCAUUUCUGACAAAUGCUGUGUUUCAAAUUUCUUUGAUGACACGAUACUUAUUACCAGAACUUGAAAAUAAUUACGGCUUGGAAUCGUGGAUGAAUAUUAUCUGGCCUAAGAAUGUUUCUCCUUCAUGGCAUCACAGUGGGAUCUUCCCUUUAGUAACGCUUUGCGAUUUUGAAGUCCGAGAAAUGGGAAACAUACAGACUCAUACAGUGCAGUGUGUUCUUGUUGUUAACUUGUUCACUGAGAAAAUUUUCAUUCUACUGUGGGCUUGGUUCAUGAUAUUAGCAACAUUUACAUCUCUGAGUGUUUUAAACUGGAUAUAUUUGUUAACGGAAAAUUGUUCAAAAGAGCACUUCAUUUUGAAUCAUCUCGAAAUGAGCGGAACACCGUUCAAUAAAAAUGACCCACGAAAUAAGAAGCACGUUGACCGUUUUUUGCAUGAAUAUUUGGGAAUAGACGGCAUCUUUGUUUUAAGAAUGGUUGCUAAUCAUGCGGAUGUUGUCUUUGCGACUGAACUGGUCGCAUCACUGUGGCGAUCCCACUAUGUUUUUGAGGAGAGAAGGAAAAAUUUAUUACAAAUGGACAAGGUAUGGCCCCAACACCAACAAAGACUAGAAUUGGCAUUGCUUGAAGAAGCUGAAAUUGCUCGAAAAAUCAGUUCGGAUGCCCUAAACGCGCUUCAAAGGAAAAGAAGUGUUUUCUUUGAUUCACCAUAUUUCGUAAAACGUAGUUCGCUGACUGGAAUAACAAUACCGAAAGUACUCUCACGUAACAUGCUAGGAAGUUCCUGUGCGCCAUCCCGAAACAAUUCUAGAGAUAGUAUAAUACCCUUUUCACCACGUCUCGGAAAUCAUCCUCGAGGUAGCAUUUUCUCUACUGAUAGUCAGUGUAAACCUCGACGACGACACAGCUUGGAAGAGACUGAUAUUGGUUGUAGAGUAAAGAAAUUUGCAGACAGUAGUGAUGAGGAAGAACAGGAGAAAGAAAAAGGUCCAAAAAGCUUUAUGAGUCGGAAAAGUACAAUCAAAAUUUGGUGA